AUGGUUGUGCAAGUGGUACUGGACGGUCUCCAGAAGUCUGGAGUCCAGAACAUUCUGAGAAUGGCAGCUCCAGAGGGUCUCGAGAACGUGACUUCGCAGAUCGAAGAAUGCGGCGGCGUUGACAAGAUCGAGCUCUUGCAGAACCGCAAAAACGAAGAAAUCUACAAGCUGGCUUACGAGAUCAUCGCCCAGUACUUCCGAGACGACGUCGACGAAGCAGUCGACCCUCAAACGAUGGACGGGCAGUACGCCUUCGCCGUCAACAACGAACAACAGCAAAACAACUUUUACUUUCACUAA